AUGUCCAACCCAAUCCUCCUAGAGGCCUACCCCCAAGGCUAUCAGUCACCACCACCUAACUCCUCUCACUCCGAUACCCCCUUCAUGGACGUGAAGAACUCCGAGAAACAUGUCCCCCUGGACUUCCGCCAGCGUCUCCGCCAUUUCACCUGGGCAUGGUACACUCUCACCAUGAGCGGAGGAGGUCUCGCUCUCCUGAUAGCCAACCAACCCAACGCCUUCAAAGGUCUAUUAGAAAUUGGCCUUGCUGUAUACUUCAUCAACAUCCUUCUCUUCGCACUAGUGUGCUCUCUCAUGGCCGCUCGCUUCAUCAUCCACGGUGGAUUCAUGAGCUCCCUGGCCCACGAACGUGAAGGCCUCUUCUUCCCAACCUUCUGGCUGACAGUCGCAACAAUCAUUACCGGUCUCGAGAAAUACUUUGGCGAUAACCCCGAAACAGCCUUCUCCACUACCCUCGAGGUUCUCUUCUGGGUCUACUGCGCCUGCACCUUCGCCGUCGCUGUUAUCCAAUACUCCUUUGUGUUUUCCGCCCACACCUACCGUCUCCAAACCAUGAUGCCAUCAUGGAUUCUCCCCGCAUUCCCCGUCAUGCUCAGCGGCACCAUUGCCUCCGUCAUUGCCGAACGCCAACCAGACCGCUCUGCCAUCCCCAUCGUCACAGCCGGCAUCACCUUCCAAGGUCUCGGCUUCUGCAUCUCCUUCAUGAUGUACUCCCACUACAUCGGCCGGCUGAUGGAAUCGGGUCUUCCCUGUCGUGAACACCGUCCUGGAAUGUUUAUCUGUGUUGGCCCACCUGCUUUCACAGCCCUUGCCCUAGUCGGUAUGGCGCGCGGUCUCCCAUCCACAUUCACCAUCAUGGACAGCAAAGACACCGCCGCUGAUGGACGCAUGCUGGAGGUACUUGCUCUUGCCGCCGGUGCAUUCCUGUGGGCGUUGAGCCUCUGGUUCUUCUGUAUCGCAGCUAUCGCUGUCAUUCGCUCUCCACCUACCGCAUUCCAUCUUAGCUGGUGGGCUAUGGUUUUCCCCAACACUGGUUUCACCCUCGCUACUAUCACCCUUGGCAAUGCAUUUUCCAGCAGCGCUAUCAAGGGCGUUGGGACAGCUAUGUCUAUUUGUAUUCUCUGCAUGUUCAUCUUUGUCUUUGUUAACCACAUUCGGGCUAUCUAUCGUCAGGCUAUCAUGUAUCCUGGAAAGGAUGAGGACGUUUCUGACUAA